UUACGAACGCACCAACAAAUUUCUAUAGAGUGGAUUACUCUGGGGAUUUGGCUUGUAUUUUACCAGUAAGUGGUGGUCAUCAGUUCAAGAUAUGAUUACCGUUGUUGGAAUGUCAUCGCUUUAAAAAAGCAUGCCAUACGUACCUAGUUAUUAUAACUACGAAUUGGAAAGAUUCAAAUAUGGAUGGAAGGUUUCGUUAAAUUCCUGUUCGUCGCAGUUUCAUUCAAUCAGAUUUUUGGAGAAACGAAGUAUGAAAUUUCUCUCGACAAUAACGAUUUGGAGUGCAUAAAGGAACUCGCACUAGUGAAGGAGGUAGUCUUAUCCUCAUUUGGAGAAAAUUUUAAAGUGGACGAGGGUAACAGGGAUAAUUACGAAUUUAUGAAGUGCUCGUUUCGCAAGUCGGGCUACAUCACCGACAAUAACCACAUUAACGUGACCGGUAUAAGGAAGUGGUUAAGUCAAUGGGAUUUAAGAGAUUUACACCAGGAGCUCGAAGUAAAUAACGUCAAAGAUCUGAAUGUGCUUAUCGACGAGUGUUUGAAGAAGUGUGUUGUAAACGAGUACUUCAACGAAGACGAAAUUGCACUUAAAACUUAUAACUGCUUGCUUGAUUGCUUGUUAUGGAAACGUUUAUAUUAGUAUAAUGCCAGUAGGCAGGUUACAUAAUUUAGUAGGCAUUAAAUUUAUUGGAUCAUUCUCUUUGAUAUAAACCUCUAAUAAUGGUGUUCAUGAAUCGUUCAGUAUGUUUCUUUGAUAUAUAAAUUUCACGACUAGCACUGGACUUUAUAAUCAAUAAUAUUUAUUAAUUUCCGUGGAUAACGUUGCAAUGUAUAGGAUGCGUCAUAUAGAUGCAUCCUAUAUACAAUUUUAUAUAGCAUAUAAACACUGACAUUCACGUAAAUCAAUAGGGAAUAAAGACAAUUCAAAAUCAGGUAGGUAGGUACUCUUUUAGGCUGUUUUUUCUUUGGUUCAUUCCCACCUACAGUAUGGUGUAACAUUAUGGGGGAAUUCCUCCAAAGUAAACAAGAUAUUUAUAUUGCAAAAAAAAAAAAAUUCGUAUCAUAGUAGGAGCCGAAUAUCUUGCUCAUUGUCAACCAUUUUUCAAGGAAUUACGUAUCAUGCCGCUACCAUGUAUUUUCAUUUACGCAACAUUAUUGGAUAUACAUAAAAACAAGCGUCACUUUGCAACAAAUGACUAUUCUCAUAAUUACGGUACUCGAGGCGCAAAAAAUAUAAGGGUUCCUUAUUACAGAUUAAGCAAAUCAAAAAAUAAUAGUCCAAGAGUUGUACAAACUAUCUUCCAGAUCCUGUUAAAUGUCAACAAUUCAAUCAGUUUAAAAAUACUAUUAAGAACCAUCUUCUGAACCACUGCUUUUACUCUGUAAGCGCAUACCUAAACACACCCUGUGAUUUAAUGUAAAAUACCUUCUACUGUUUUAAAAAAUGUACUAUUGUUAAUGAAUUAGUUAAUGAAUAAUUUUAUUGUUGUAUUAUACUUGCAUGUAUCAAUGUAUUUGUUUGUUAUUUUAUGUACCUAUAUGUGUAUUUUUUUUUAUUGGAUGCUAUGUGUCAAUGACGUGUCGAAGCCAAGGAUUGGUGGAAUGACAAAUAAAGAUUAUUAUUAUUUUAAAA